AUGUCUUUUCCAAGAUCAAGAAUAAUCAAUGAUAGAGACAUUGAAGAGUACUUGUCUGCUCUGGAAGGAGGAUAUCUGUCAGAAGAUGGCAUGGAAAUGUCUGAUACGGAAGAUAAUGAGGAAAGUAUCUUUUACACCAAUAGAAAUGAACCACUGCAAGACGUAGAGGAUGAUGAUAAUCUGGAAAAUGAACCUACUUUACAUGAAGAACAAGUUGAUGUGCAUGAUCCCCCUCCGAUUCAAGAAACUGUGGCAUCUAAAGCAGGAGAAAACUCUGCUUGUUCGACUUGGGUGUUAGACAAGAGGAAGCUGAUUUGGAAGAAGAGUACACUUCAGUUUUCUGAGUCAAAUGUUGAAUUUGAAGGAAGCACUGAUCUAGGUACGGAAAUAACAGCCCUAAAAACACCAUAUCAAUGCUUUAACUACUUUUUUACAACUGAACUUUGUAACAAAAUAAUAUCAGAAACUAAUCUAUAUGCCACCCAAUUAAAUCCUGAAAAUAGAUUUAAUUUGUCUCAUUAUGACCUGAAAAAGUUUUUAGGCAUUUUGCUUUACAUGUCUGUUCAGCAUUUCCACAGCACACGCAAGUACUGGUCAAGGCGUUUUGGAUUUGAACCUAUAAAGCAAACUAUGAAUGUGAAUACAUUUGAAAAGAUCAAAAAAUAUAUCCAUUUCAAUGAUAAUGACAAAUAUAUACCAGUUAACCAACCAGGACAUGACCGCUUAUAUAAGGUGAGACCAAUUAUUGAUAGUCUAAAUCAAACCCUUUCCGGUGUAAAAAAACAUCAAAGACUAUCAAUUGAUGAACAAAUGUGUGCCACCAAAGUGGGACAUUAUCUAAAACAAUAUCUACCAAAUAAGCCCCAUAAGUGGGGAUUUAAGUUGUAUGUUUUAUGUAGUGUUUUUGGAUUUGCCUACAAAUUUGAAAUUUAUUCUGGCCAAGACAUUUCGACAAGACCUGAAGGUGAGCCUGACUUAGGUUCUACAAAUAACAUUGUGCUUCGCUUAACCAGAGAUGUUCCACGAAUGGUCAACCAUAUUAUCUUCUUUGAUAAUUUCUAUACAUCUGUGCCAUUAGUUAUCUAUUUGGCUAAGCAAGGAAUACAUUGCCUUGGCACAAUUCAACAAAACAGAAUUCCUAAUAACAAGCUACCAGACAAAAAGAGAUGA